CCGUCUCAAGUUGUCUGAUAUUUACCCUGUUGUUUUAUAUUUAUAGACAUGACUAAGACAGGUAAACCUACUGGCAUGACAUCAUGUUGAAGUACGCCCAAGGGAAGUACCACUUCACUACAGGCAAGGAGCCAGGGGCAAAGAAGUGGAAGGAUGCCUUGGAAAAAAUCAAUAACUGCCCAUUACACAGACAGACCCGUGUUUACGAUAUCUUUGGCAAAAGAAUCCCCUGCAAAUGCGGGUAUCAUAAGUCUUUCAGACCAAGACAGACCAUCUGUGGAUCCACCAGCAGUAUCUCCCACAACAUCGACUGCUCAGUCACCUGCAUACAUCGAAGAGCAGCAAGGAGCUCCACAAACUACACUUCACACUCCAUCACUGAGGCCUCCAGAAGUGUACUGGGUGAGUUUUCUCCCCAAGCAAUUCUGUCGCGUGAUCAAACCAGCAGACCAAAAGUGGAUAGCUCAGUGUCUGUAUGACAGCACAGGGCGACUGAAGCAGCAGUUUCCCCAAAACUGGUUUCAUCCACCAAGUCCCAGCAAGCCUACUACUUCACUGCCUGAUCCAAGCAGUUACUUCAGGCAGAGGAUGUUUCUGUGGGCCCCUAUGAGGAUGUGGGGUAUUCCUCUGAAAUGCACACAGUGCAAUAGGAAGAUGCACCAUUCAGGUAUCUACACUAAAGUGAGGGAAGUCAUUGAUGUUGACUCCAGAUACUACUUAAUUGGAGCAGACUACCCUCGCUGCAGUAAGUGUAUGAUUCCUGUCUGCCCUUGGAGUUCAGAGAUCCUUAAACAACUGUAUCCCUCUCACAGGAAUAAAUUCCCCGCUGUUCUCACCACUCACCUUGUCCUUGACAGGAAGUGCGUGACCAUGUUGAAGCCUAGAACUGCAGGAAACAGCUCCAGUUACUUGCAGCAAGCGCUGGAAGAAAUUCAUAGCGAGGAGUGGGCAAGGCGGACUAUAGACUACCUGACGGACUGUGAGCUUCACAAAAACAGAUGUGCCCUGACCCAGCUGGAAGUGGUUUAUGAGCAGCCGCCACCUUUUUGCCCCCUACCUCUGGCAUGGGCGGUCUCAAACCACUGUGCCAAUGAAAUUCUGAGUCACCUUGAUGAGCUAAAGGGUGUCAUAACAUCAACAUAUGGUAGCAUCCUGAAGCUUGAUUCUACCAAAAAGAUCACUAAAAAGCUUGCUGGUGGCAUUGCGGACACUGCUACCUGGAUGACCAACGUUGGCAAUGAGUUUGGCCAAGUCCUAAACUGUGUCCUAACAACUGGUGAGGGAGCCGGUCUGGAUGAGUUGUGUCAGGGCAUCGUGAAGCGAUACAAGGAUGCUGGGGAGCCAGAGCCAGCUGUGAUUUAUGUUGACAGGGACUGCUGCAGCGGGACGGGUGUGACUCCAGUUCUUACCUGGUUUCGACCAUGGAAGGUCACAGUGCGUCUUGAUGUCUUCCACUUUAUGCGACGGUUCACUGCUGGUCUUACAACGGAGCACCAUCCACUGUAUGGCACUUUCUGCUCCAAGUUGUCCAGCUGUAUCUUUGAAUGGGACAAGGAUGACAUCUCUCGUCUUAAAGAGGCGAAAAAGACCAUGCUUUUAAAAAAACAUGGGGGGCAUAUCCCGACAGAGGCCCAAAUCCUGUCAAGCAUCACCUCCAGUGAGCUGACCAAGCACUGCAGGAGGAGGACACGGGGAGUUGAAGAAACUCGUGCCUUGAUUCAAGGACUGCUGGACUCCAUCUUUACACGAAACUGGGCUCCGGGUUACAGAAGGGAGACAAGGUUCUGGAUGUACUGA